AUGCAAUCAAGAGAUGAUCAUCAACUUGCUUGUGUUCCGGAAGAAAUUCUAAUUGACCACUUUCUUCCUUUUGUUCAUCACAAGGCACUAAUUUCUCUUAAAACAACUAAUCAAUAUUUUAACAAAUUGGUUUGGGAUUACUGGAUCAAAUACAAGACAAGCUACUCUAUUCCAUACGGAAUUGCAUGUGGCAGAUUUGAGAAUAUUUACAAACAUUUUCUUUGCAAGUUGGCCAAUUUGACAGAGAUUGGAGCAGAGAAAAGUCUUGAUGAUGAUGGGUUUUGUCAACAGCUGGAUGAUUUUUCACUUUUUAAAAUGUUGGAGAGUUUGAGUGGUAAACUUAAAAAGUUAGAUCUGGCACGGUAUGAUACUCUGUGUGGCAACUUUAUACAGGACAUUGCAGAGAAGAAAAUUCCAGCAUUGUACACUAUUGAGGAGAUGUUGAUUAGAGAUAUUGACUUUGAACUUCAGAAUAUGACUAUGGAAGCAUUUGAAAAUCUGAAGAAAUUAGUACUGAUAGGAAAGGAUGCCGUAGAUAUUGAGUUUGAUACCUUUAAAUUUCCACCUUCUUUGGAGACAUUAGUUUUAGAUUACGAGCUACCAGAUACCUUUGUAGCAAGUAUAGGCAAGCAAUGUCCCAAUUUAACUGAUUUACGUGUUAAAGGAGUAUCAGAUGAUGUUGCUAUAGAACUAAUUGAAUCAUUGCCCAAAUUAACAUCAUUUCAUGUUACUCUUGAUGAAUCAUGCACUACCAUGUCAAGCUCUUUCUUUUCAAUUUUCAAAAAAAAAGGAAUUACUCUCAAUAUAUCUUCCAUUUCUUUGCCUUAUAGUAUCAAUACAAAAUCAGCAAUUAAUCCCUUUGGUAUCUAUUCAGAAAAGUUGACCUAUCUAGGCUUGUAUUGUACUGGGCUAGAAAUGAAUGAUAUAUUGUUAAAUUCUAUUGUUUGUUUAAAGAACUUGAAGAAACUGAAAUUGGUGUUCGAUGUGGAGGAAGUCAAGUUCACAUCAAAAUGUCUCCAUUCCCUUUCAAAUAAUUCAACUUUGAAACAUUUGGAAUCUCUUACAUGUACUUUGAAUAGUGGUGCUGGUUCUUUGGUACCUAUUAUUGUUGACAACGCCAUCAAGGAAAUCAAUUUACAAGGAGAAGAAGAAGAAUAUUUCGAUUUCUCAUUCUUAAAGAGAUGCUCAAAUAUUGAAACAUUGAAUUUGGAUUUUGAGACAGAAAAUAACAACUUGUCGGCUACGCUCAGCUCCAAGAUUCAUUUACCAAACUUGAGAACAGUUUCUGGAAAAUUAUUUACUUGUAAUAUUGUAAAUUUACUUCCUAAUAAGCAAAAUAUCAAAUCUCUCAAAAUGGUCUAUGAUAGCGAUAUGGAUCUUACACAAUUCAAGACGCUCAAAAACUUGGAACUUUCUUUGAAUGUUUGCCUCCCAAAUGAUAUUGUCCUGCCACUCUCCUUAAAUAAUUUGGAAGUCUUUUCCCACAUUGUUGAUCCGAGUUAUACUGGUUUUAUCAAUAAUAUUUUGGCACUCAAAAAUCUAAGAAUACUCAAGCUCAAGAUGGAAUGUUUGCAAAAUGAAACAGUUGCCACUAUUUGUACAAAGGAUUCUCCAAUAGAAGAAUUGUUAAUUGGUGGAUCCAAGUUUUUAACCAAUUCUAUCACUCACCACUUCACCUCAAUGGAAAAUUUGAGAAAUUUAAUGGUAAUAGACUGUAGAGAAUUUAAGGAUUGUAAUGAAAUAUCUCUCCUAGAAUACGAAAGAAAUUUCCACAUGUUCUCAUCUAAAAUUAAGGAAAGAAAAUUUGAUUUUGAAAAAGCCUAUUCCACAGUCAAUGAGGAACUUAAAAGCAGGCUAAUGAUGGAAACGUACAAGUCAAUAGAUACUCUUUUCCAAGAAUUACACACAACUCACUUUACCAAAUUGAUGAAGGAGAGAAAACUGAUAGAAUUGAACCUUUGUGCUUGCUCUGUUUUGACUCUUUUGAAAGAGAAAGGAUUACGUCUUGAGCGUGACAAUGAGUUUUGGCUUUUCUAUUACCUAUUGCUAUCAACGAAUAGUGACUUUAUGCCUCUACACCAAAAUGACAUGUUAAAAUUUGUCAAUUCUGUUUUUGCUAGAUUGAAUGAAGGAAUACUCAGCCAAGAGCAAAUAGCUAGAUUACAGUUUUGCUGCUCAAAUUCAAUUGAACCAUUUAUCAAGGGAGCAAGUUAUGGAAUAGUACUAGCAAUACUGUCUAUUUUACUGGAUUUGAAUGACUUGGAUACAAUAUCCAAGAUUUCUAGCUCACUGCCACAAGCUUUAUUCAUGGUUAAUCCACAAUUAGUCAAAACAGUUACCAAGUUCAUGGAAAGAUGUGUCAGAGAAAAAGACUGUUUAUUACAAAUAUUCUCCUUCCCAGAUUUGUUUCUAAUCCUUUCCACCAUUUCUUUUUCCAUGGAAAUAACUAGUACUCCAUCAUUUUCUGAAUUUUGUCAUGCCAUCACAUCUGCAUACUGUUUUAACAUUAAUUGCCCUGCAGUUAUGGCACAAUACUUUGAAAAGUUCAGUAGCAUUCAACAUAUUUAUAAUCCUUUCACUAAUCUUUCCGCUAAAGUGAAGAAAGAAAAGGAAGCUUUCCGUAAAGUUGAUCCACUAGAUGUAUCAAUUCCAACAAGGGAGAGGGUUUCCAUAGCAGUGGAUCCUGCAUGGGCAGAUAAGAAUACAUAUGUGGAUUGUAUUGAUAUUUCCCAUGGUUUCAACGUGGAGCUCUUUAAAAAGAUCAAGUCUCAUACUUUUGAAGCCUUUGGUUUCAAGUGGUAUCUCAGUAUUCAGAAUGGAGAGUAUCUUGGAGAGGUGAGAACCUCAUUACAUUUGGAUUCAGUACAUUCUACGAAUCCAGAUGAAAUCAGCUUACAAUUGGACCAUUUGCAAGUCAAAGUUUUGUUUAUGAAUUUCAAUUUUGAUCCAUCAUAUUAUUAUGUGAAAACCCACAAGUUCAAGUUCAAAGAUGAUUUUGUUUCAGAUAACGUCUAUUAUAACAAGGAUCCUUAUGAAAAAUCAUUGACUGAGUUCAAUUAUAGAACUAUUAUUUGUAUUAAAUUACUUGAAAAGAAGAUGAAACAAGUCCACCCAUUAACUACCUUUCCAAAUAAUCCUCUCAAUUAUUUAAGUAACAAGCAUCCUUGGCUCUCUAGACAAAUUUCAAAGGAAAGACCAAUUCACCACGAAACAAUAACCAUCCUUACACCAUUAGAAACUCUAGUGGAUGAUUGUUUUUCAUCUGAUACCAUUCAUGCAUUUGGGAAUAAUGUUCACUUUUACAUUAAGCCAAAAUCAAGAAAGAGUGGAUUGUUUGCAGUUGAUCUCACUGAUCAAUUCAUUCCAACAGAUCUCUACAAAGUUAAAUAUUUAUUUGCAAAUGAAUCCUUCGAUAUGGAUAGCGUUCAAAUUGGAAAAUAUGAGAGGAAAUCUGAAAUCGAAAUGGACCUUGAAGAUACACCAUAUAUUGAUUCAGAACUAGACUAUAAUUUGUUUGAACCAACAUUCCACCAACCAACAGUCAUUGAGAGAGAACCAGGAAAAUUCUUUAACAAGUACGUUUUCCAAUUAGUACUUGUUUUGAGCAAUACAGCUCAUGGAUUGGAUAUUGGUAAUCCAUAUGAUGAUAUGGAUGACGACGACGAUUGGGAAGACAUGUAA